CAUUUUUUGGAGAAUUAUUUUUACUUUACUUCCUUCUUGCAGGUACACUGCAAUUACUUCCCCAUAGAAGUUUCUUUGCUGUUGUAUAUAAGAAUUAAGAUAGCUAAGAGACUCUUCACAAUAGAGAAUGGCAAGCCCAGCUGCUGCCUCUCGGCGUAUCCAUCAGAUUAAGUUCAAUUUAACUUCACUGCCACUAUACUAUGAAGGUAAUCUAUGGAUCAGACGAGCCAUGAAAAAGGAAAACAAAUACUGGAGUGAGCUACGUGGGACAAAGCUUUUCCUCUACACAGAUAAACUGCAAGAAAAGUCUGUUGACAACAUUGAUCUGCAGUCUCUGGUUUCGGUAACAAAUGGAGGUCCUGAACAGCAACAAUUAAUCUUGACGUUGGCAAGAGAGCAGAUAUAUCUAAAGACAGAAACCUCUGAAGAUGUUGAGGAAUGGAAAGGCUUCAUUCUAACAGUGAUAGAGCUUUCUAUUCCAAACUGUGUGACUUUGUUACCCGGACAAAUACUCCGACUGCAGGAAACUCUGGAGAAAGAAAAAGUAAGGAGAAAUAAUGAACAAAAUAAAGAAGAUAGCUGUCAAUCAGCCCAGUCUUAUGGAACAUAUGAAGAUCCAUCCAGAAUGCCAGAGUGUUUUCAUGAAGUAACUCGACAAGAAGCCACAGAUAUUCUUAACAAGAUGUCAAACUUUGGAAAUCUUAUUUUGAGGCCAGGAACAAUCUCAAACAGCUUUGCUGUUUCUAUAAAAGAGCCUUCAUCUUCACACCUCUCUCAGGUUAAACAUUACAGGAUUCUAAGCACAGAAACUGGUUAUACCAUUGAACUCGAGGAUCCAGUUAGUCUGAGUAGCCUUGAUGAAGUUGUGCAAUUUUUUGUAAGUGAAACCCAAGGGAAGCUAAUACCGUUACUAGCAAAUGUAUAUGACAAUGGACUUGGAAAAUAAUGAAAACUUUCUGGAAAACAAGAAAACGGAAAAGAAAUGUGCAAGAAAUGUGACUUGUACUGAUGCCUUAAGCUGACAUAUGCUUGAAGAUUUCAUUGAGUUAAACACCAUUUUUUAUUCUAAACAAAUUUGUGUUUUAGUUGGUCCUGCUACAUUGUGCAAACAUAAAAAAUACAGACUUGGCAGUGCAGCUCCUGCCAUAAGACACGGUAAAAACCAGGCCUUAGGUGCCAGUGUGCAACACAUUACCAGGGGUGACAAAAAGCUUCCUCCCAUAAUUUAAGAGCAGAAAUUCAAUAGUUUUAACUGAAUAUUUGCUUCCUAAUUGGAUUAUAUGCAUUGGCAGAAUUGGAGCACAAAAAAAGUAAGUGUAGGAGGGUGGGGGUGGCAUUGUGUUGGUAGCCUUAGGCAGCGUGCAGCAUUGGAAGUUUAGUUACAUGUCAUCACAUAAGCUUAUAUAAAUAUUUAUGGAAAUAUAUUCAUUUUGGCAUUUUGUAAGUCAGUGAUGUCUGUCAGUUACAACUUUCCAAAAAACAUAUGAUUAUACCAUUAUACCAAGUCUCAAAUCAUAGACUUGGCAGCAAGAAUGUUAACCUUGAAAAAAGCCAAGAGAAAGGCAGAAGAAUUAAGUUCAUAGGUGAUACAUUCAAGAAAUCAUGUUUGAGCAGUUAAACACAUUUAUUUUUAAUGGGGUGUUAGUAUUCAGCGUACCUCAGCAGCAGCUCUAAACAGUAAAACCCACCCAAAUAGUUAAUUCCUGGUAUAAAUUGCAUGUAGGUUUAAUGAUGCAGACAAAUAUGCUUGGGAAAUAACCCGUUAAAUAUGACAGCUUUGUUAUCUUUUGUACAAGCAGCAUGCAUUGGUAAUUCUCAUAGAAGAAUGCUGAAAAUUGAUAAGUCCCAUACUAAUUUGGUGCAGUUACCUGAAAUUGUAUGAUGUAAUGGAACAGCACCUCAAUUUCUAAAUUAAAAUGCUUUUUUAAUAUCUUUAGAAGUGAAGCGAUUGACUGUUUGUCAGGAGAAAGGGUAAUUUGUAGAUUGUAAGCUCUUUUGGGCAG